AUGGGUCUGUUACGAGACGACACGUGGGUUCCAGAGCUGUGGUCCCUUUUUGGUGUCGGGCAAUUUAUUCUAUUGUCUCGUGUUGGGCUACGGUGCUGGUUACAAGGUUUCCGUCAUCCGGCAGCCGAGGACUUUGUCUCUCUCCUGAUUCCCGCCUUCUAUACUGUAUGUGCAGCCGGGUGCUAUCUCGUUUAUAUCAACGGAAACAAAGUGGACUUCACUCAGGCUGAGAUCAAUGCCUUAACCGACGAAGAAGCUCGCCGUCUUAUUCUUGGGACGAAAUGGGAGCUCGUCUUAGCAUACUCCUAUCCAACCGUUCUCUGGCUCCUGAAGGCCAGUUUACUCCUGCUGUACUGGCGCCUGACGAGUGGACUUGGGCGACACCGCCUCUUAGUGUUACUUAUUGGAGUGAUUUGUCUUCUUACCUGGAUUGGGAUCAUGCUGAGUAUGUCCCUUGCGUGCAUUCCGUUCAAGAGAUUCUGGGAAAUCAAGCCGUUGCCUCCCAUCAAUUGCAUUCAGCCACCGAAUAUCUUCAUUGCGUUAGCAGUUUCAAACGUUUUGUAA